AUGGACUUCGCAUCAAGCUUCCGAGCAACAGGUCAAAAUGCCUUCGCAGCACAUCAAUCUCCUCAGGUAAUCGGCAAACGCAACUUACCCUUUCAAAGUUUUAGGAAAAAGCUUGGCGUAUUCAUUUUGGUUCCUCAUUCUGAGAUCAUUUCCUAA